AUCGAUCAUUUUCUCAGGACCCUGGAGCAGCCCGUUCUAGCAAGCCCUCAGGCACAGCGCCGCUUCCUGAACAAGGCGAUGGAGUUCUUUCGUAAGGAGGAAACUCUCUUUCGACGCCACGCUAAAUGGCCUCCGCAGAAAGUAGUCUUCGAUCCCGACGAGCGGCUCCGGAUUUUGGAAGCGGCUCACGAUGAUCUCAGCCACCGAACCGGUGUCCAGGGAACGUUCGACUUACUGCGGCGGAGAGUGUAUUGGCCGCAUCUGUACGCUGAUGUACGUCAUCAUAUCCGCUCAUGCCACGAAUGCCAAUUG